AUGAAGUCGCUGCAGGACCUGGCCGCCAGCUUCGAGACGUGGCUGGCCAACUCGCUGCGCAACUGCCCCGCGGGGCUGGCGCGCGCCAAGAUGGCGGCGGGCGGGGCUCUGGCGCGAGCCCUGCGCCGCCACCUGGCGCUGGCGCGCGUCGCCGAGGCGGCCGGCGCGCUGCUGCGAGACCCGUCGCGCGUCACCCAGAUGCUGCUGGACGCGCGCUGCGUCGACCUGUCCCAGGUACAGCACCAGGCCUGCUGGGUGACCCGCUGCGAGGAGGAGACUCUGGCGUGCCUGGUGGAGGGGCUGAAGGGCUGCCUGCGCGAGGGACGCCAGCUCGAGGGCCUGGCCGCCUGGCUCAAGGACGCCGCGCAGCAGGCGCUGCAGCCGUACGAGGGCAAGCCGGCGUACGUCGGCGCGGCGCGCAAGUUCCUCCUCCGCUGGACCUACUGCAGCUCGCUGGUGAUGCGGGAGGUGACGCUCGCCAGCGUCGGCAGCUUCGGCUCGCUCUACCUGCUGCGGCUGCUGCUGGACGGCUACCUGUACCACCUGGUGGAGCAGCGCGUCGCCCGGGAGCUGCGGCAGAUACCCCUGCUCGUCGCGGCCCAGAAGUUGGUGGGAGGCCAGGAUCCCGCGACGGAGCCGGACCUACCCAUGUUCGCCGAGUAGCAGCGCCCGAGCCCGAGUCGACCCCGUCCCGGGACUCCAGAGGGGCAGGGACCGCACUCGCCGGGUGUCCACCGGCCAGGAAGCCACGUCACGCACCGCGUCAUAAAUUUAUGAAGUUCCUCAUUUUACGCAAAAAAAAAUACUCUAUAGAGCUGUUUGCUUGUGAGCGGCAUGUGAUAACUUAUGAAAUUUUUUGUACUUGAAUUUUUUGCCUGCUAAAUAACAACGUUAAAAUAAUUUUAAGAAAGGAUUAUGAAAUAAAACUAAAUAUUAUUUUUUUUAAA